UUCCUACAGUUGGCAAAAGCCCCAUGUCUGACGAACAAUCACAGCUAUUAUACUUGCAGUUUGGCAUUCUGUUGCCUUGUAAACUGGCUAAUAACUUGGAAUUUAUUUUAAACGCAGUACCCAUUAAACCUUAUAAUUCAUAUUAGAACCAAAGUCUUACGAGUGUCCUUGAAUGCAACAGUAGUCUUCAGCUGUCUGGGAACUGAGCAGCUGUCACACUUUUGUGUGUGCGCGCGCCUAUCAAACGACACGUUGUGUUAUUUAAGAGUAGCUGCUUAUAAGAAAGCCUUUGGAUUGGCCCUGCAAAAGACUGAUAAUAUGGACAAUACUGAGAGAAUUGCCUGUCUUGCAGACCACAAUUUGUGAGAGACUCUCACCUAUACUUUAUCUUUGCUAUCACAGUAAACAUGGCUCUGCCAGAAUGGCUCGCGGGCAUCAAAAGCUUCAGUCUCAGCAGAAAAAUGCCAAGAAACAGGCUGAGAUGAAAAAGGCCAAGGGUCAUGAUCAAAAGACGGCAGCCAAGGCAGUGCUAGUGUUCACCUGCGCUGUGCGCAGGUCCCAGAUGUCCGACCCAAAAACCUUCAAGCAACACUUCGAGAGCAAGCACCCGAAAUCCCCUCUGCCCCCUGAGUUAGAGGGAGUGGAGGCAUAAACGGUCACCCUGGAUACCAAACCGAUUUCCUUCAAGGCCCUGCACCAACUCUGCACUUGUCUCAGUCUGACAGCAAUGGAUGAUUUGAUGUAAUUAACGUGAAGCCGUUAUCUUCAUUUAGGCUUUAACAGGCCAUGUUGCCUUUAACAGAAUGCUUCCUCCCAUCCAGUCUUAUUUUCGCUUGUGUUUAAAUACAUGCAGAACUAAACUUAAAUUCCCGUUUUACUUUCAGGGCCACUGAAGACCUGUACGAUUCAGGAACAAUCCAAAUGGUGAAUGAAGAUUUCUCUCUUCAUUCACACAGUUCCUCAGAACGGAUGCCUCACUGCCCCAAUGUGUUGUUCACAUCGAUGUAUUUCUUGCUGCUAACUCUCGUACCUCUCUAUCUGAACCUUUUUAAUGGGUAAAUAAACAUUUAUGGAAAACAUGACACAUGAGGUAAAUGUAUACAGCAUCCUUAAACAAAGCAUGGAUUUUGUUGGAGUGGGAGAAUUCUGAUUUUAUAUUUGCUGCGAUCAAGAUAAUGACAACAAAAAUUGUACUUUGAGUAUUGGAUCAACAAGGAUGCUGUGACAUUUUUUCUCAUUUGUUGUUAAAUAUGGAAUUAUUUCACAGUGCUGUCUGCCAUAUAGUAAUGUAAUCUUUCGUCUGGAUAAUAAUUUUAUGUUGGUCACAAAAAUGUGAAAUCUUUCACAAUUUUCAAGCUGUGACAUGAAUUGUAAGUUAAGAAACUUUUAACAGGAGUGUCAGCAACAUGUGUAUACUUGGAAAUUGAAUGCUUCAAUUAUGUAUUAUAGCAUUUUAUUACAUUUUACUUUGUUGUAUAUCUACGUUUCUCUAGAAAGUGUUUCUUUUCAUAAAAUGACAACUUUUUUGCCUGAGGGUUUCUUAGGAUACAUUUGUUUGUACACUCACUUCUGGCUUUUCUCUGUUGCUGUUGCCGUCCACAUUGACAGUAUUUCUCUGCUGCUCUGCUCAGAUAGUGUACAUGUUUUUGUUCACAUUAUGUAAAUGUCAAUGUACAGGACGUCAGCUGUCACUUGUAAAUGUGCGAUAAUUAAUGAAUAAUUAUGGAUAUUUAUUUACACACGAUUGCAUUUAAUCGGUCUGGAGCCAUCAUAUUAUGACAAAAGAAGACUCGGAGACAGUCAUUGACAGCUGACUUGGAUGUCAUCCCAGGUGGCCAUGUUGAUAGUCUAUACAUUUACUAUUCACAUACUGACAUCUAUAUUUUACAUCUUCAAUUGGCCCCUGUGUUUUGUCCUCGUCAGAUUAUACAAUUAUUUAAAAUGUUAUGUAGACUACAGAUACUGUCAGAUUCCAAUACUUCAUAGUUUGGUAAAUUGUGAAUUAAUGGAUAAUACUGUUAACUUAUUGAAACUGUUCCACGCUCUGACUCUUGUUUAAAGAUAAAUGUGCACAGUCCAUAUAUAGUUUAAGUGCAUUAAUAUAUCUACGUCCACUGGAUUAAAAUGAGCCUGCCUUUUAUUUACCUGUUGCCAUGGUGAAUUGUGGAAUUCGAGCUCAAUUGAGUAAAGAAUGGAGCCGAGUUUCCUCUGUGUUCGGCUCAGAGUUUGUUAAA